UGGCGGUGUUGGUGUUUCGCCGUAAAUGUAGUAGGCUGAGCUUACGAAACGAUAUCGUUUCUGCCUAUUCAGCCUACCCCUUCCCGUCUUCAUUCAAUCCUUUGCAGGUCCAGCCGAUAAUCUCAUCUGUUAACUUGCCUUUCCAUUAUCCUCCUCCAACUUUCUCGAGAAAGUGACAGAAAAUUGGAAGUCAAAAGGAAAAAUUCAAAGAAACCCAAAACUCCAAAAACCAUGAGGUCCUUGUAUUUCACUCCACCAGCCACACCCAUUUCAAUCCGUAAUCCUCGUAUAUCACUCACAAAUGGCGCCUCUGAGCUGUGUUUCCCAGUUUCAUUUCAUCCAAUUCAGCCUCUUCAACAUCCACUCACUGUUCUAAAAUCUCAGUCUCAUCCAAACCCACAGAGCAAUUUACAUGGAGUAGGAGAAGAAGAAGACCCAGAUGCCCAAGAUGCCCAAGUUCAAGACUUGAGGGUCCCAGAGCAUUGGUCGGUGCCCUCCAAGGCCUUGGAGGAAUCGGAGUGGCUUAGGUUUACCCUGCAUAAAUGGUUGGAUGAUGAGUAUUGUCCAGAGGAAACCAAUGUGGAAAUCAGCAAGGUUGCUGCCAAUUCAUACUACCAAUCUCUGCUACAAAAACAAACAGACCUGGGCGAAAUAUUGUUGAAGAUGGCCAGAGAAUUGGAAUCCAUUUCCUACCAAGAAAGCUUUCAUGGGGCAUUCUCCUCUGCAAAUGCAGCAGUGAACUUGAUUGUCCAACGUAUAGCUCAGGUCUAGUUGUUUAACAAAGUUGAGCUCUGUGAAAAGUAACAAACAACUUUCUUGUGCAAAUAUAGACAACACAUGAGUUUCUAACAUCGUACUCAAUCUUGGUU